CUUACGCAUUAGACACAUCUGGACAGGCUGUCAAGCGGCAAAUUUUUUGUUGUCGUGUACUGAAUUUUAUGCUGUGCUAUUCCAUUUUUUACGUGUUAGAUUCUGUGUGAAUUAAAAGUUAUUUAAUUUUAUAAUGUCUAAUAAGAAAGAAGAGAAACCACAACUUGAAAUUGAAGUUGUAAAAAUAAACAAAUGGGAUGGCUCGGCAGUCAAACAUGCACUGGAUGAUGCAGUAAAAAAUUGCUUAUUGUGUGAUCGCCCACAAUUACAUGAGCAAUUCGGUUUGAUCAAUACUCGCUUAGUGUUGUGUGCACUGGCAGUCGGUGUUGCUAUAUUAGCGCAUGGUUGGGACUAUACCCAUCCCUUCCCUGAAUCUCGUCCAGUCUUACUCUUUAGCGUUAUUGCUUACUUUGCUUUGAUGGGUAUUCUCACCCUACAUACCACAUUUCGCGAAAAGGGUACAUUUGCUGUGGCAGUACAAAAGAAUGGUAGUAAUGGGCCACGUACUUGGGAAGCUAGCUCGGAUAUGAAAAAAUACGAUGACAAAUACACUCUUACCUUCUCGGUGAAGGAUGCUAAGGGUGUGCGGGAAGUGAGCAGCACUAAAUCAUGCGCUAGUUUUAUUGAUGCCAACGGUGUUGUAUUGGACAAUUUAGUGACAAACGAAGUCAAUCGUCUAUUCAAUUCAUUGUCCGCUGGGAAAAAGGAUGAGUAGCUCGCAGCGUCGAAAAUUUUGGAACACGAAUAUAGUAUGUAUUUAAAUUAUAGUACGCAGAAUGUCAAUAAACCUGAUAAGGAUGGUGGGGAAAAGGUGGAAAAAAAUAUGGGACGAGUUCUUCAAAAUAAUAUGGAUGCUGAUGAUUUAGACCUCCAGCCCUUAUGUGUUUAAAUUUGCUACACAAUACCAAUAUCUUUUUAUGUAUCAGAAAAUUUCCAUGAAUUGUAAGGCUUUUUGAAAAUUAAUAAUUUCAUCAAUAAGAACCGGUUCAAAUUAAGAUA